AUGAGAUUACAGUGGCUAUGUACAUUAGCGUCUAGUCUCAUAGCGGUUUCGUCUGCUGAUGACAUUGACCACCCAGACUUCAACUUCAAAUCCUUGGGAGGAGAGUUGGGAUUGCUAGGUGCGUUCUCGGCGAUAUCCUCCUAUAAAACAGCAAACCAGUCGCUGUUUUUAUCGUUGGCCAACGAUAAUAGUAAUACUACCACUAGUACCACUAAAAGGAAAAGAGACUCAUCUUCGUCGUCUUCUAGUUCCUCAAGCAAUCUCUACCUUAGAGACCUCACCAGCAAUAGCGUCGACUCACUAGCUGAGGUCAAUGGGGACUUGAAGACCCUCUACAACUUAAACAACGGGAAUGUUCUUGUUACAGGGAACUUCUCUCAAUUCACAGCAUCGUCAUCAUCUUCAUCGUCAUCUAACUCUAGCAUAAUACCUCCAUUAAUAUUCAACGUCACUUCAGGCGAAACAACUUCGAUAUUCAACUCAUCCACCCUCACAAAUGGCUCGGUCACUACAGUACUUGUAGACGACGACUUGAUAUACUUGGGUGGAGAUUUCCUGUUCAAUGGUACUUUUGGUGCAGCCAUCUACAACAUCACAUCGGCACAGUUGUACACUACACCCUUUGAAGGGUUUGGUCUGGGAUCUGCUGUCAACACCAUUGUGAAGAUCUUGGACAGCAAUAGUGACGACUCUUCAACAUCAGGCUCUAUUGUUUUUGGAGGUGACUUCGAUACUCUUGGUCUCGAUGAUUUGCUUGUGCACAAUGUUACUUCUCCCAAGACUAACAAUACAAACAGUACCAAUACAUCGUUGAUAACGGCAGAGCAAAUCAUUUCUUUGCAAAAGGGAAUAUUCUCCUCAACCGAUGGUGAUUCGUCUACCCCUUUGAACACUUUGAUAUGUCCAGAAACUUCCUCGGGCUGGUCUGUAGAAGCAGGUGUUGGAGGUGAAUGGUUGGUUGAAUUACCCAACGAAAUGAAGGGUUUGGUCCCAACUAAAGUCAGGUUGUAUGUACCUGAGCUGGGUGACAAUUCAGUUAAGCUUUUCAGAAUAUAUUCGUACCCCAAUAAUGGGAUUAUGAAUCUUUCUUACAUCGACCCGGAAUCUAAUGUAUUGACCUAUUGUGACGCUUGGUGUCCAUUAUCUAAGUUUUCAGAUUUAUCUAAAUACACUGAGAGUAAUAUCGAUAACGCAGACUCUUUGAGUUAUGAUGAUACAACUUACAUAGAUACAUCAGACGGUGCAUACUCUACAUACUAUGACUCAUCAACGAAGACGAAAAGCUUAGGAUAUUCAUCCAAUUAUCAAGAGUUUGCAUUCAAGGAUGAGUUAUCAAUUGACAAAGUCGGUUUAACUAUUUUGGAGUGGUAUGGUGAUCAAGGAACAAUUCAAGGAUUUGAACUAUACCUGAAUUCAAUUAUAGUGUAUGGUGAUAAUGGAUUGAACUCACCAAAUUGUGACAGCAUCGAUGAUACAUCAAAUUACAGUCAAUUAAGUGGAGGCAAUUGGAAGAGUGUGCUAAAUUACACCACGGCAUCUUCAUCUUCAUUCGAUGAUAUCAAUUACUUAGUUACCACUGUUGAUACUGGAAGCGAUACUGAUUUAAGUGUGACUUUCUAUCCUAAUAUUUCAUACUCAGGAGAUUACCAACUCUUGAUAACUACACCAGGCUGUAUCUUAGACGAUUCUUGCGACUUACGAUCUAUAGUCAAUGUGACCGUCUAUGACGUGGACGAUCAAGUAUUAUCUAGUCAAUUAAUUUAUCAAAAUAAUGAUUAUGAUAAAUUCGAUUACUUAUAUUACGGUCACAUGAAUGGUAGUGCGACGAGCGAUGGCCAAAAUAAGAUCGUUGUCAAAUACGAUGAGCCUGUUAUCUCAGGAACUGAUAAUCCAUGGUUUGUGAUUGAUAAGGUUACGGCUGAUAUUGUAUCAUUGGACACAUACUAUUCAUCCAAUACUACCAACAGUACCAAAAGUUCAAGAAGCUCUAAUGUAUCUACCAUUUCAAUUAAUGGUUUGUUUGAGUAUAGUUUGGCCAAUUUCUCCAAUUUUGAUGCCAGCUUGGUCAAGAAUGCUACCAACACAUUCGUAGGGAACUCUUCAAUCAACUACUUAAGUGGAAAGUUAGCCUCUGGAAGUAACAUCACCAAUAUUAUACGAAACGGUUCCACAUUAGUUUUAUCUGGAGACUUCUCUGUCAAUGAUACAGCAAAUUCCAACUUGACGAGUAAUAUGAUAACAUUGGAUAUCAGUGGAUACAGUAAUGACUUAAAUGAGACGGAAAUUUCCACAACUUUGAGGAAGAGAGCUGAUGGCAGCACUAGUUCCACAGCAUUUGGAGCUGAAUUUGAUUCUACAGUGAAUACAAUUAUGGAGUUCAAUGGAGGCUUUAUUUUCAUUGGUGACUUCACUGCGUACGCUAUUGCUGGAGGUGCAAUUCCUCAAUUGGCACCAGGUUCAUCUAAUACGUCUUCUAUGAAUAACUUUGCUUUGUAUAACGCCACUUCUUGGUACUCUUACGGUAAUGAUAAAAUUGACAGUAAUUUCAAUAGUAUGGUGAAUGUCACAGUUGACGAUAUACAAUACUUGAUAUUCAGAUCAGAUGAUAACCUGAGUGCAGUUUUUGAUAACACCAAUGGUAAGUGGAUUUCAGAAUCUGAUGAUCUGUACAACUUAUAUGACAUUUCUGCGUCACUUAACAUAAAUUCUAAACAGCAGAUUUUGGGAUCCUCAUCUUCAUUUAAUGUCAUGGAUCUUUAUAGCGUCGAUCAGGCUACUGUUAACUCCGAUAGCAAUGACUCUUUUGUUUCGUUUAACUUUACCAUAAGUGACAGUAAGGCAUCAGGAAGCUAUAUCUUGGACUCUUUGUUCAUUAACAGCUCACUUAGUGUUUUAAGUGGUAGUUUUAAUACUAGUGAUGGCAUUGAGAAUGUUUUACUUUUGAAUGCCAAUGACAACAGCACUACACUGUUAGAAGGAACUGUUGAUUGGAAUGAUGCCACAGUUCAAGCUCUCUAUGGUGGUUCUGAUAUUUCGUACUUGGUCCUUGGUGUCAAUGGUUCUAUUUCUAUUGAUGGCGAAAGUCAAUCUGCUGGAGUUGUAUUUUACGACUUGGACAAUAAGAAUUUUAGUAGUGACUUGAAGCCUGCUGAAUUGAAUACUAGCACGUCAACUUCACUUGACAUUAACAUAUUGGCAAUCCAUGACAGUGAUUCUAAGUUAUUGGUUGGGGGGAACUUUGCCACCGCUGGUUCUUUAGACUGCCCAGGACUUUGCAUCUAUGAUAUAAUAAAUAAGAGAUGGAUACAACCUACUAGCAAUAAUUCUAUAAGUGAUGGAAGUAUAGUUACUGAUCUUAAAUUCUACACACUGGAUCUGGUGUUGAUUGCCGGAAACAUUACAUUUGCAGGAUCUUCACAAACUUUUGUCACCUAUAACUUUGAAAGUCAAACUUUUAGCAGUGCUCCUUCAUCUGUUAAUUCUAAUAUUUCUCAGGGCAUUGAAAAGUUCAUACUUGUUGAUGAUAGCUCAAAGGUAUCAGGUAGAAUGUUGGCAUUUGGAAAAGAUUUUGUUAGCGCGUAUGAUGGUUCAAGUUGGAACAAUAUUGAUGACUCUAUAACAUAUUCAGCUUCAACGAAGUUUAGCGAUAUGAAGUUGUUAACCCUUGAGUCAUCAAACUCAGCUAAUAAUGAAACCUUUUUUGACGAAGAUCAAAUCUUAAUGUUGGCAGGGAGCUUUGAAUUAAGUGAAUAUGGAUUGGUCAAUGCUGCAUUAUACAAUGGUACAGCUUGGAUACCUUAUGCAUUCACCACUAGUAACGACAAUUCAGGCAACUUAGGUGUAAUCAAUUCCAUUCUCGUCAAGGAUAAUUUUGGAUUUACAUCUUCUAGUAGCUUAGGAAGCUCUAGUAGAUUUAUGUCAAAGGGUAAGGUAGUGGGUAUCUCUUUGGCUUGUGCAAUUGGAUCUACAAUCUUCUUGAGUUUAUUGUACUUAAUUCCAUACUUUGCACUUUUCAGAAAAUCAAAGGACGAUUCCGUUGCUAGUCAAAGAAUCCAUGAAAGUGAUAUGAUGGGUGCGGUUAAUCCUGAAGAUUUGAUUCAUGAGAUAGACAUACAAAAGAGAUAA